ACCAUGUAUAGAGCCUUAUUGAGGAAAAUGAAUAUGGAACCAUAUGAAAACAAAGAUCUAACAUUACAAGACUUUCUUCAGAUUGAACGAGAAUGUUUACAGAACAUUGGUGAUGGGCAGAGAAAGUCUGCAGCCUGGAAUUUUAUACGUAAAAUAAUUGCUUUAAAUGAAACUGCAAGAAAAAGUGAAGAUGGCAGUGAAGAUCUUCUGGAUGAUUCAGUUGAUGAAACUUGUGACUCAUCUAAUUCUGUUCACCCCCUAGAUGUCCAGUGUCUUGUCCUGCAUUGCUGUGACCAUUUUUUGCAGCAGGAGAUUAUACUGAGAAUGUCUAUGUGUCAAUUUGCUGUCCCUUUGCUGCUCCCUGAUGUUGAUGGCCCAGGCUGUACCUUCAUGCUUUGGGGAAUGAGAGAUAUUGUAAAAAGAUGGAGGCCUCAGUCACUAACAGAAAAAAACGAAUAUAUGGAAGAUAAUCUUGUUCAGAUAUCUAUGCCGACCUUCAGUUUUGUUAGAUUGGGUGAAAGUACAUUAUCUAUAUCUUAUAUCCUGAAUCAAGUUCUCAGCUCAACACAGCACAUCUUUGUUCAUGGUGAAAUGGAAGGGGGUAAUGUCACAAGAGAGAUAUCUGAGGGGCUGGUAGAAAUAUCCUGGUAUUUUCCAGCUGGUAAAAGUAAUUCAGAUAUUUUCUCAGAGCCAGUUUCAUUUGCAAACCUUUGUGGAAAUCUGGAAGACAACUUGACACAGUUUGCAUUUCUAACUCAGAUCUCAUCUGCUGUGUUUAUUUUUGUUAAGAAUAUUGAUCAGAAUCUGUAUGACUUUUUAUCCCAGUAUGAAAACUCUCAGACAAACUUUGUUAUUAUUAUCAAGACAAAUGUUAAAAUUGACAAAAACACAAAUCUCGCAAAUACCACUGUAAUUGUAUUCAGGAGUAAAGAUAAUGUAGUGAAAAUAGCAGAGAGACUUCGAAAAGCUGCUGUAGAUUUUAUUAAGAAAAGAUGCCGUGUCCUGAGUCUGGAAGAUAUGUCAGAAAUUGCUUCCAAACUGGGAAUCUCUAUCGAUGAGAAUGAGACAGAAUGUCAGAAUGCAAAGGCAGAUGCCAAAGCAAUUACAGAUGAGAUAAAGGAUGUUGCUGAGUACAAGAAGAAAACAAUGAAACUACAGGGAAAUUUGUGGGAAAAGCUUUCUGAGCUGGAAAAAGAAAUGUGUCAAAUGAAACAACAAGGUGAUGAACAUGGAGAGAGUUACAAAUUGGAAAUACAAAAGCAAUGUGUGGAAAUACGUGAGCAACAGUAUAAUUGCAAAAUUCCAAAAGGCAUUAGUUCAUUUAUCAAUUCAGUCUUGAAAAAGAAUCACAUUGAAAAAUUGUAUUUUUUUAAAUGGCUCAGAUUUUAUCUUGAUUCAACUGCCAGGAAGAACCGCUCUGUUUUACAAGCUGAGUAUAAAGAGAAAUCUGAGUUGUCUGGCCUUGAUCAUAAAAUAUUAGCCAGUUCUCUGGGGAUUGAACAUUUCAUAAGAGAGUUAAGCCAGUUUUAUGAGGCAGAAGAUUUUAUGCUCAAGCAUCGAAUUGCAAAUAAAAGACAAUUCAUGCAACUACCGGCAUUUGCUGCUGAUCUCUUACUGGGUGGAUUCCCAUUGGAGCUGAUAGAUGGAGAUGCUUCUAAUAUCCCACUGCAGUGGCUACAGGAUGUACUACAUGAGCUGGACAAUAAAACAGGGAAAUGCUGCAGAAUGGGGGUAAUCACUGUAUUAGGGGUUCAGAGCACAGGAAAAUCCACCCUUCUAAACACAAUGUUUGGGCUGCAGUUUCCAGUCUCUAGUGGACGAUGCACACGAGGAGCUUUUAUGACACUAAUGAAAGUGAGAGAAAAUUUCCAGGCGGAGCUGGGCUGUGAGUUUAUUCUGGUGAUUGAUACUGAAGGAUUGAGAGCUCCAGAAUUGACUUCUCUGGAAAACAGCUAUGAACAUGAUAAUGAACUGGCAACACUGGUCAUUGGGUUGAGUGACAUCACAAUUGUAAACAUGUCUAUGGAAAAUACAUCUGAGAUGAAGGAUAUUUUGCAGAUAGUGGUCCAUGCAUUCCUUAGGAUGAAAGAGAUUGGAAGGAAACCCAACUGCCAUUUUGUACAUCAGAAUGUGAGUGAUAUUUCUGCUCAUGAAAAUAACUCACGGGACAGGAUAAAACUUCUGGAGCAUCUAAAUGAAAUAACCAAAAUUGCUGCAAAUAUGGAAAAGAAAAUUAAAUUUACAGCAUUUUCUGAUAUCAUGAAAUAUGAUCCAGAUAAGGACAGUUGUUAUAUUCCUGGUCUCUGGAAUGGAGUCCCACCAAUGGCUUCUAUAAGCACUGCAUAUAGCGAGGCCAUCUUUGAGCUUAAAACAUAUUUAAUAGAAUGUAUGAAGAACAAGGGGCACAGAAUUGAUGACUUUAUAGAAUGGAUAAAAAGUCUGUGGAAUGCUGUGAAACAUGAGAACUUCAUUUUCAGCUUUAAAAACAGCCUGGUAGCCAUUGCAUACUACAAACUGUCUAAGAAAUACUCAGAACUAGAGUGGAAGUUCACUAAGACAAUCCUUAAUUGGCUAGCAGAGACUGAAACAGUGAUCAAGAAUCAAAAUGCGCAAAUGGCGGAUAGUGAAGGAACAAAAUGUACAACUGCAGUGUAUUCUAUACUCAGUGACGAGGAAAAGAACAUGCAGGAGGAAUUAGAAAAAUAUUUUUCAAAUGAAAACAAAGAUGCAAGUCUAAUAGAGAGGUUCAAAGAAGAAUUUUUAACUAGUGUGAGUUGCCUUAGGAAGAAGUUGGAAUCAUCAUCUCUUAACAAAUGUGCUGAGAUUAUUCGCAUUAAAAAGGAGAACUUUAAGGUUAGAAAUGUUAUCAGUGCAUACAAACAAGUUAUUGAUAAAAAGGUCACCAGUCUUGUGAUGAAGUUCAGGGAGGAGAAAUGUAAACCUAAUGAAAAAACACUUGAAGAAGAAUUUGAGUUAAUGUGGGCAGACACUAUAUCAGAGUUAAAUGUUACUGCCCUUCCAGAACUUAACAUUGAACUUAAUUUACUUGCACAAUUAAAGAAAGAAAUGGCAGCAAAGGGUUCCUCUGUCAAUCAAAGAUUAAAUAACAUAAGCCAACUCCUACAGCAGGAAAAGCUACAUCUACAUGAAAGUCAAGCAUUAUGUUUGUUAAAUCAUGUAAAGAGAUUGCAUAUUUUAGAUAGUGCUGCAGGUGAUAAAUUAGAAGAAUUUUUAAAGUCUCUUUCAGAGAAAUGUUCUGAGUAUAUAAAAAAUAAGCUAAGUUCAGAGUCUGACUAUGAUGAAACAUAUGGAUUGGAACUACUAUAUAUAAUUCAUUCAGUGUGUGAUGAAAACAAAUUCCUUCAGAUCUCAGCAGAUAUAGAGCUGGAGCUGAAACUCUUUAUUUUGGGUAAUGCCCUUGGUGCUUUCCAACACAUGCAUAAGGAAUUUGUCAAGAAGAAUGAUCCUCUGAUUUGUCUUGGAGAAAUGAAGCCUAAAUAUUGGAAAAGUUUCCAGUAUCUAUUUCAAGAAAAAAAUGAAAGCUGGGAACGAGCAAAACAUUUCUGUGAGUUGUGGUUAAAACCAGCUCUGAUUAAACAGGUAAACAGAAAACUUGGAUAUGAAAUAGUAGAUCACAUUCUUAAAGACUGCCAAUCCAAUCAAUUCAGCACAAGAAUGUACUUCCAAUUCACUGUGAUGAAAACUCUUUUAGAAAAAAGUAAUUUUUCUGACUACUUAGAAUACAUAAGUGAUUAUGAAACAUUUGUCAAAAAAUGGAUAAAUAACUGUAUUUUAGAAAAAUGUGACUUCCACCAUCUGCAGUCGAUUAUUCUUUCUAAUAUCACAAAGAAGGUAAAAAUAUUCCUAAAUGAGCCAAGGACCUUUCAGUUUCAGAAAGUCUCUGAUUUCCUUGAGCACCUUAAAAAAGGACUGAGGACUGAUCUAGUGUUAUCAGAUGAUAUGGAUCUGUUUUGCCUGAAAGAUGAGGCAAAUAUAAAAGAAUUUGUUGAAAAUCUUGAGAAAUCUCUUAGUGACACUGAAGCAGAAAUCAUAUCUGAGAUGAAAGCAGUGGACAAGGAAACGAUUCUUUCAAAUGUUGUGGUAAAACCAGUUGAUGAAUUGUUUAAGAAAGUUUUUGGAUGUGGGAAGCAGUGUCCAUUCUGCAAAGCACCUUGUGAGGCUGGUGGAACUGAACAUAAAAGUCACUUUGCAUCUAUUCACCGACCUUCAGGACUGGGAAAAUACAGAAUUGUUUUCACUCAGGCUCUUUGUUAUGAUAUCUGCACCACUAAUAUAUCUGGAAAUAAAUCAUUUAUACAUGGAAGUGGCUCUUCUCAUCUCUAUAAAGAAUACAGGACAGUUUACCCAGAUUGGGAUAUUCUCCCUGACCCAAGUAUGGAGUCCUCUGAUUAUUGGAAAUAUGUUCUUAAAGAAUUUAAUGAACACUUUGCAGAAGAAUAUGAGGCCAGUCCUGCUGAAUAUCCUAAGGAAUGGAAUACAAUAACUAAAGCACAGGCAGAAAAAUGCCUCAACACUGCCUUUGAUCAUUCAGAAAAUAAUACAAUGACAAUGAGUGAAAAAGAUGAUGGAAAAGAAGAACACACAGAAACUUUAGAAGUAACAGUAGAUGAUGUUGCAAUAAAUGAGAAUGGAGCUGAAUGGAAAGAAGAAAACACAGAAGUUUCCAAAGAAACAGUAGAUGCAAUGAAUGAGAAAGGAGCUGGAAGGAAAGAAGAAAAUACAGAACCUUCCAAAAAUUACUCACCCCCUACUACAAUAGAAGAAAAUAACAUUGGCAAAAAGGAAGAAAUACCAAAUAAUUUGCAAGAUCCCUCAAAUUUUGGCACAAUGGAAGUAAAGGAAGAAAUCACAGGUAAUUUACAUGAUAAUGCUAUCGAUAAGCAUGAAGAGGAUGAUGAGAAAGAACAAAAAACAGAAACUACCAAAGAUCACUCACCUCCUAGUACAAUGGAUGAAAAUGAAAGUCAAGAAAAGGAAGAAAUACCAAAUAUUUUGCAAGAUCAUUCAGAAAAUAAUACAAUGACAAUGAGUGAAAAAGAUGAUGGAAAAGAAGAACACACAGAAACUUCAGAAGAAAUUGUAUAUGAUGUUGCCUUAAAUGAGAAUGUAACUAAAAAGAAAAAAGAAGAAAACACAGAACCUUCCAAAGUAACAGUAGAUGAUGUUGCAAUAAAUGAGAAUGGAGCUGAAUGGAAAGAAGAAAACACAGAAGUUUCCAAAGAUCCCUUAAAUUAUGGCACAAUGGAAGUAAAGGAAGAAAUCACAGGUAAUUUACAAGAUAAUGCUAUCAAUAAGCAUGAAGAGGAUGAUGAGAAAGAACAAAAAACAGAAACUACCAAAGAUCACUCACCUCCUAGUACAAUGGAUGAAAAUGAAACUCAAGAAAAGGAAGAAAUAUCAAAUAUUUUGCAAGAUAAUGCUAUCAAUAAGCAUGAAGAGGAUGAUGAGAAAGAACAAAAUACAGAAACUACCAAAGAUCAUUCAGAAAAUAAUACAAUGACAAUGAGUGAAAAAGAUGAUGGAAAAGAAGAACACACAGAAACUUUAGAAGAAAUGGUAUAUGAUGUUGCCUUAAAUGAGAAUGUAACUAAAAAGAAAAAAGAAGAAAACACAGAACCUUCCAAAGUAACAGUAGAUGAUGUUGCAAUGAAUGAGAAUGGAGCUGAAUGGAAAGAAGAAAACCCAGAAGUUUCCAAAGAAAUAGUAGAUGCAAUGAAUGAGAAAGGAGCUGGAAGGAAAGAAGAAAAUACAGAACCUUCCAAAAAUCCCUCAAAUUUUGGCACAAUGGAAGUAAAGGAAGAAAUCACAGGUAAUUUACAAGAUAAUGCUAUCAAUAAGCAUGAAGAGGAUGAUGAGAAAGAACAAAAAACAGAAACUACCAAAGAUCUCUCACCUCCUAGUACAAUGGAUGAAAAUGAAACUCAAGAAAAGAAAGAAAUAUCAAAUAUUUUGCAAGACCAUUCAGAAAAUAAUACAAUGACAAUGAGUGAAAAAGAUGAUGGAAAAGAAGAACACACAGAAACUUUAGAAGAAAUUGUAUAUGAUGUUGCCUUAAAUGAGAAUGUAGCUAAAAAGAAAAAAGAAGAAAACACCGAACCUUCCAAAGUAACAGUAGAUGAUGUUGCAAUGAAUGAGAAUGGAGCUGAAUGGAAAGAAGAAAACCCAGAAGUUUCCAAAGAAAUAGUAGAUGCAAUGAAUGAGAAAGGAGCUGGAAGGAAAGAAGAAAAUACAGAACCUUCCAAAAAAAUGGUAGAUAAAGCCGAAAGGAAAGAAGAAAACACAGAACCUUCCAAAGAUCCCUCAAAUUUUGGCACAAUGGAAGUAAAGGAAGAAAUCACAGGUAAUUUACAAGAUAAUGCUAUCAAUAAGCAUGAAGAGGAUGAUGAGAAAGAGCAAAAAACAGAAACUAUCAAAGAUCACUCACCUCCUAGUACAAUGGAUGAAAAUGAAACUCAAGAAAAGGAAAAAAUAUCAAAUAUUUUGCAAGAUCAUUCAGAAAAUAAUACAAUGACAAUGAGUGAAAAAGAUGAUGGAAAAGAAGAACACACAGAAACUUUAGAAGAAAUUGUAUAUGAUGUUGCCUUAAAUGAGAAUGUAACUAAAAAGAAAAAAGAAGAAAACACAGAACCUUCCAAAGUAACAGUAGAUGAUGUUGCAAUGAAUGAGAAUGGAGCUGAAUGGAAAGAAGAAAACACAGAAGUUUCCAAAGAAACAGUAGAUGAUGUUGCAAUGAAUGAGAAAGGAGCUGGAAGAAAAGAAGAAAAUACAGAACCUUCGAAAAAAAUGGUAGAUGAAGCCGAAAGGAAAGAAGAAAACACAGAACCUUCCAAAGAUCCCUCAAAUUUUGGCACAAUGGAAGCAAAGGAAGAAAUCACAGGUAAUUUACAAGAUAAUGCUAUCAAUAAGCAUGAAGAGGAUGAUGAGAAAGAACAAAAAACAGAAACUACCAAAGUAACAGUAGAUGAUGUUGCAAUGAAUGAGAAUGGAGCUGAAUGGAAAGAAGAAAACCCAGAAGUUUCCAAAGAAACAGUAGAUGCAAUGAAUGAGAAAGGAGCUGGAAGGAAAGAAGAAAAUACAGAACCUUCCAAAAAAAUGGUAGAUGAAGCCGAAAGGAAAGAAGAAAACACAGAACCUUCCAAAGAUCCCUCAAAUUUUGGCACAAUGGAAGUAAAGGAAGAAAUCACAGAUAAUGCUAUCAAUAAGCAUGAAGAGGAUGAUGAGAAAGAGCAAAAAACAGAAACUAUCAAAGAUCCCUCAAAUUUUGGCACAAUGGAAGUAAAGGAAGAAAUCACAGGUAAUUUACAAGAUCACUCACCUCCUAGUACAAUGGAUGAAAAUGAAACUCAAGAAAAGGAAAAAAUAUCAAAUAUUUUGCAAGAUCAUUCAGAAAAUAAUACAAUGAGUGAAAAAGAUGAUGGAAAAGAAGAACACACAGAAACUUUAGAAGAAAUGGUAUAUGAUGUUGCCUUAAAUGAGAAUGUAACUAAAAAGAAAAAAGAAGAAAACACAGAACCUUCCAAAGUAACAGUAGAUGAUGUUGCAAUAAAUGAGAAUGGAGCUGAAUGGAAAGAAGAAAACCCAGAAGUUUCCAAAGAAAUAGUAGAUGCAAUGAAUGAGAAAGGAGCUGGAAGGAAAGAAGAAAAUACAGAACCUUCCAAAAAUCCCUCAAAUUUUGGCACAAUGGAAGUAAAGGAAGAAAUCACAGGUAAUUUACAAGAUAAUGCUAUCAAUAAGCAUGAAGAGGAUGAUGAGAAAGAACAAAAAACAGAAACUACCAAAGAUCACUCACCUCUUAGUACAAUGGAUGAAAAUGAAACUCAAGAAAAGGAAGAAAUAUCAAAUAUUUUGCAAGAAAAUAAUACAAUGACAAUGAGUGAAAAAGAUGAUGGAAAAGAAGAACACACAGAAACUUUAGAAGAAAUUGUAUAUGAUGUUGCCUUAAAUGAGAAUGUAGCUAAAAAGAAAAAAGAAGAAAACACCGAACCUUCCAAAGUAACAGUAGAUGAUGUUGCAAUGAAUGAGAAUGGAGCUGAAUGGAAAGAAGAAAACCCAGAAGUUUCCAAAGAAAUAGUAGAUGCAAUGAAUGAGAAAGGAGCUGGAAGGAAAGAAGAAAAUACAGAACCUUCCAAAAAAAUGGUAGAUGAAGCCGAAAGGAAAGAAGAAAACACAGAACCUUCCAAAGAUCCCUCAAAUUUUGGCACAAUGGAAGCAAAGGAAGAAAUCACAGGUAAUUUACAAGAUAAUGCUAUCAAUAAGCAUGAAGAGGAUGAUGAGAAAGAACAAAAAACAGAAACUACCAAAGAUAAAAAAAACUUAUUUAGUGACUUAUCAAGGAAAAUGAAAAUGGAACCAUAUGAAAACAAAACUCUAACAUUACAAGACUUUCUUCAGAUUGAUCAAGAAUGUUUACAGCGGAUGGAAGAUUGGCAAAAAGAGUCUGCAGCCUGGAAUUUUAUACAUAAAGUAAUUGCAUUAAAUGGAACAGCCAGAAGCAUAGUUACAAAAAGUGAGGAUGAAAAUGAAGAUCUUCAGGAUCACACAGAUGAUAACGCUGUUCAUAUCCUAGAUGUCCUUUGCUUUGUCUUGCAUCGCUGUGACAAUUUUUUGCAGCAGGAGAUUAUACUGAAAAUGUCUAUGUGUCAAUUUGCUGUCCCUUUGCUGCUCCCUGAUGUUGAUGGCCCAGGCUGUACCUUCAUGCUUUGGGGAAUGAGAGAUAUUGUAAAAAGAUGGAGACCUCAGUCUCUAGCUGAAACAAAGGGAUUUACACAAGCACAUCUUGUUCAGAUAUCUAUGCCAACAUUCAGUUUUGUUAGAUUGGGUGAAAGUAAAUUAUCUAAAUCUACUAUUCUAAAUCAAGUUCUCAGCCCAGCUCAGCACACCUACGAAUUCUUUGUUCACAAUAAUAUGGAAGGUGCUGAUGUCACAAGGGAGAUAUCUGAGGGGCUGACAGAAAUAUCCUGGUAUUUUCCAGCAGGUAAAGGUAAUUCAGAUAUUUUCUCAGAGCCAGCUGCAUUUGCAAACCUUCAUGGAAACAUGGAGGACAACUUGAUGCAGUUUGCAUUUCUAACACAGAUCUCAUCAGCUGUUUUUAUUUUUGUGGAAAAUAUUGAUCAGCCUAUCUAUGACUUUUUAUCCCAAUAUAAAAACUCUAAGACAACCUUUGUCAUUAUUGUCAAGGCAAACAGUAAAAUUGACAAAAGCACAAAUCUCAAUAAUGUUACUGUACUUCAGUUCAAAAGUAAAACCAGUGAAGCAAUAAUCACAAAGAAAAUUCGAGCAACUGCUGUCGAUUUUAUUAAAAAAGAAUGUAAUUUCCUGAAACUGGAAGAUAUGGCAGAAAUUGCUUCCAAACUAGGAAUCUCUGUAGAUGAGAAUGGAAUAGAAUGUCAGAAUGCAAAGGCAGAUGCCGAAGCCAUUGCAGAGGAAAUAAAAGAUGUUGCACAGUACAAGAAGACUACAAUGAAGCUGCAGGGCAAUUUAUGGAAAAAUCUGGCUAAGCUGGAAAAAGAAAUGUGUCAAAUGAAAAAACAAGGUGAUAAAAAUGGAGAGCAUUACAAAGUGGAACUACAAAAUCAACGUGUAGAAAACCGUACGCAACAGUAUCAGUGUGAAAUGCCAAAUGGCAUUAGUAAGUUUAUUGAUUCAAUCAAGAAAAGGAACCAUACUGAAAAUCACUAUUUUUUGAAAUGGCUUAGAUUUUAUCUUGAUUUAUCUGCCAUGAAUAACCUCUCUGCUUUACAAACUGAGUAUAAACAAAUGACAAGCAGUCACAGUAUGACUCAGCUGUCUGAGCUUGAUCAGAAAAUAUCAGACAGUUCCCUGGGUAUUGAACAUUUUUUGAGAGAAUUAGGUCAGUUUUAUGAGGCAGAACAUUUUAUGUUGAAGGAAGAAAAUGCAAAAAAAAGAAAAUUUGCUCAACUGCCAACAUAUGCCGCUGAUCUCUUACUGCGUGGAUUCCCACUGGAGCUGAUAGAUGGAGAUGCUUCUAAUAUCCCACUGCAGUGGCUACAGGAUGUACUACAUGAACUGGACAAUAAAACAGGGAAAUGCUGCAGAAUGGGGGUAAUCACUGUAUUGGGGGUGCAGAGCACAGGAAAAUCCACCCUUCUUAACACAAUGUUUGGGCUGCAGUUUCCAGUCUCUAGUGGACGAUGCACACGAGGAGCUUUUAUGACACUAAUGAAAGUAAGAGAAAAUUUUCAAGGAGAGCUGGGCUGUGAGUUUAUUCUGGUGAUUGACACUGAAGGAUUGAGAGCUCCAGAAUUGACUUCUCUGGAAAACAGCAAUGAACAUGAUAAUGAACUUGCAACGCUGGUCGUUGGGUUGAGUGACAUCACAAUUGUAAACAUGGCCAUGGAGAAUACAACUGAGAUGAAAGAUAUUUUGCAGAUAGUGGUCCAUGCAUUUCUAAGAAUGAAAGAGAUUGGAAGGAAACCUAAGUGCUAUUUUGUACAUCAGAAUGUAAGUGAGGUUUCUGCACAUGAAAAUAACAGGCGAGACAGAGUGAAACUUCUGGAACAUCUGAAUGAAAUGACCAAAAUUGCAGCAAAUAUGGAGAAUAAGACAAAAUUUACAGCUUUUUCUGAUAUUAUGAUAUAUGAUCCAGAGAAAGACAAUUCCUACAUUCCUGGCCUCUGGAAUGGAGUCCCACCAAUGGCAUCUAUAAACGUUGCUUACAGUGAAACAAUCUAUGAGCUUAAAGCAUAUUUAAUUGAAUCUAUGAAGAACAAGGGACACAAAAUUGGUGACUUCAUGGAGUGGAUAGAAAGUCUGUGGACUGCUGUGAAAUAUGAAAACUUCAUUUUCAGCUUUAGAAACAGCUUAGUAGCCAAUGCCUACAACCAACUGGCUAAGAAAUACUCAGAACUAGAGUGGAAGUUCACUAAGUCAAUGCAUAAUUGGCUAGCAGAGACUGAAACAGUGAUCAAGAAUCAAAAUGCACAGACAGUGGAUAGUGAAGCAGCACAAUGUAAACGUACAGCAUAUGUUAUCCUUGGCAAUGAGGAGGUGAAUAUGCAGGCAGAAUUAGAGAAAUAUUUUUCAAGUGAAAACAAAGAUGCAAGUCUAGUAGAGAGGUACAAAGCAGAAUUUCUAACUAGUGCGAGUUGCCUUAGGAAGAAGCUGGAAUCGUCAUCUAUUAGCAAAUGUGAUGAGGCUAUUCGCAUCCAUAAAGAGAACUUAAAGGUAAAAAAUAUUAUCAGUGCAUACAAAGAAGUUAUUGAUAAAAAGGUCGCCAGUCUUGUGAUGAAGUGUAGGGAACAAAAAUAUAAACCUGAUGAAAAAAAACUUGAAGAAGAAUUUGAGGUAAUGUGGACAAAUAUUAUAGCAGAGUUAAAUGUUACUGCCCUUCCAGAACCUAAUGUUGAACUUGAACUUCUUACAUUACUGAAAAGAGAUAUGACAUUAAAAGGUUCCUGUAUCAAUCAAAGACUGAACAACAUAAACAAACUUCCAAAGCAGGAAAAGUUGCAUGUACAUGAAAAUAAGGUGAAAAGUUUUUUUAAAAAAAUAAGGCAUACAUUUUUGGGGAGUAGUGCUUAUAGUUCUGACGAACUAGAAGUAUUUCUUAAGUCCCUUUCAGACAUAUGUUCUGAGUAUAUAAAGGGUAAGCUAAAAUCAGAAUCUGACUAUGAUGAAACAUAUGGAUUGGAACUACUAAAUUUGAUUAAUUUAGUGUGUGAUGGAAACAAAGAUUUUCAGAUCACAUCUGAUGCUGAGCUGGAUCUGAAACUCUUUAUUUUGGGUAAUGCAGUUGGUGAUUUUCAACAGAUGCAUAAAGAGUUUGUCAAGAAGAAUGAUCCUCUGAUUUGUCUUGGAGAGAUGAAACCAAAAUAUUGUAAGAGUUUUCAGUAUCUAUUUCUGGAGAAAGAUGAAAGCUGGGAGCGAGCAAAACAUUUCUGUGACUUCUGGUUGAAACCAGCUCUGAUUGAGCAACUAAACCGAAAACUUGGAUAUGAAAUAGUUGAUCACAUUCUAGAGAACAGUGAAUCCAAUCAUUAUAGAACAAGAGGAUACUUCCAGUUCACUGUGAUGAAAACUCUUCUAGAAAAGAGUAAUUUUUCUGACUACUUAGAAUACAUAAGUGAUUAUGAAACGUUUGUCAAAAAAUGGAUAGAUAACUGUAUUUUAGAAAAAUGUGACUUCCACCAUCUGCAGUCAAUUAUUCUUUCUAAUAUCACAAAGAAGAUAAAAAGAUUCCUAAAUGAGCCAAGGACCUUUCCGUUUCAGAAAGUCUCUGAUUUCCUUGAGCACCUUAAGAAAGGACUUAGGACUGAUCUAGUGUUAUCAGAUGAUAUGGAUCUGUUUUGCCUGAAAGAUGAGGCAAAUAUAAAAGAAUUUGUUGGAAAUCUUGAGAAAUCUCUCAGUGACACUGAAGCUGAAAUCAUAUCUGAGAUGAAAGCAGUGGACAAGGAAACAAUUUUCUCCAAUGUUGUGGUAAAACCAGUUGAUGAAUUGUUUAAGAGAGUAUUUGGAUGUGGGAAGCAAUGUCCUUUCUGUAGAGUUCCCUGUGAGGCUGGUGGAACUGAUCAUAAAAAUCACUUUGCAUCUAUUCAUCGACCUACAGGAUUGGGAAAAUACAGAUCCUUUAUCACACAGGAUCUUUGUUAUGAUAUCUGCACCACUAAUAUAUCUGGCGAUAAAUCAUUUAUAGAUAAAAGUGGGUCUUUACAUCUCUAUAAAGAAUACAGGACAGUUUAUCCAGAUUGGGAUAUUCCCCCUGACCGAAGUUUUGAGGCUUCUGAUUAUUGGAAAUAUGUUCUUAAAGAAUUUAAUGAGCAAUUUGCAAAAGAAUAUGAGGCCAGACCUGCUGAAUAUCCCAAGGAAUGGAAUACAAUAACUAAACCACAGGCAGAAACAUCCCUCAAAACUGCCUUUUGUAUGAAAUGAACUACUUGCUGAAGUACAAUAUGUAAAAAAAAACACUUCACUUUUCAAAGCAGUUCUCUGAUGGUGCAUCAUUUUGUUUAAGGAGUAUCAGCCUAUGGGUAACAGGUAGGCAAUUGUAAUCACUGGGGGUGCCUAAUACAUUGACACUGCCAAUAGGUUUUUCUUUCCUUGUACUUUAAAUACAAGGAGGAGAUUAUUAUACAGGGGCAUUAACUGGGUAGACAAGCAUAGUGCCUUUCCUUUAUGAUUCAUUAUUACAAAGAGGAAUGAGUAGGCCAUUUGUUUCUAUAAAAAAAAUCUUUUUAUUAAAUAUUGCAGGUUUUGGGCAUUUGGCAAUCUUAAGUAUUGAUACAAAGUCAAGUCGGUGAGGAAAACAUGUCUCCAUAGCCUUCAUCUGUGAAAAAGUAUCACAUGCUAAAAAUGUUUCUUCAAAUUCCCUUUUUCCUCUACAGGUAGCAUAGUUUUCUACCAUUGUUCACUAUUUCCACUUGAAAAAAAUAAUGGAGAAGAACAUUACUUUAGUCAGAAUAAAACAGGGGGGGUUACCUUUGAAAUAAAUCUGCCUAAGUUCUAAAGUGUCUUGAAAUAAAAUUUUUAAAAUUAAAACACAUGCUAUGAUAACUGA